CUAAGUUGUCUUGGCUGUCACACCUGCCUAUCCUGCUCCAGUAGCAAACACAGAACAAUGCAGCCCCAUAGCAAGGCUGUGCCGCUGCUUCACAUGGUCGUGUAUGAAGAGUUUGGCGUUCGAGACAGAUUCGCUAUCCUCACUGGAUGAUAUUGGUAGGCUUGAUGCCAGAAGUUCUCCUUUUUACAUCUUCCGACCCGCGAACUGGGUCAAAAGAAGCUGGUGGUGUACUGACUCUCCAUUUGAUAGCGUCUGACCGCGUUAGCCUCCUCAUAUGCAAAUAGACGCGCUGCUGCUCAGAUACGACCACUAACAAUAGGAAAUUAUGCAUGGUGUACGGUCGAUGAUCACCUUGCCUACAAUCGCUACAACUCUGGUCCAAUCCACGCUAGAGUCUUCGGCGGGCCGGUAUGUGUUCGGGAAGCGCAUUGGUUUGUCUGGCCGUCAAUUUGGCCAUUGUGGUAUAUAAGACGUCCAUGGAACCUUUAUUAUCUUAAUCAAGAUCCCGUACCCAGAAUUCAUUGGAAGUUCGUUCAAUUAUAUUUUCACUCCAGAUGGCUGAACACGCAAGCUCCACCGACAGCAACAUGGGGGAGAAUCCACCUCGCUUACCGGUACACCCCGAACCCGAUUCCUUAGAUCUGUUCGAUUGUUUCUCAAAACACGAGGAAUAUUUCAAAGAAGCGAGGAACAGGCCUGAGAUUGACAUUCGUCCCCGUCACUUUUUGGAACGUAACAAGAGGGCGAAGUUCUACGAGUCGAAAGUAAGAUCUCGAUGGCGCGCCGUGGAAAUUUUGGAGAUUGAAUUGAAGGCCACGAGAGGACCUAGAUCCAGAGAACAAAUUACGGCGGAGUGGGAGAUAGCCAUGGUCGAGUUGGAUAAGUCUUUACACAAGUAUAGCGAAAUCAACGAGCAAGAUACCAAGGCUGCACGAGCACGUCCGGUCCAUAAAUUCAUUAUGGAUCACAUGUUUCGAUGGUUUUCGGAUGUCGAUUCUCGAGCUCCAAAUGCUGAACAGUGGGAAUCAUUUGGGGAGGCUGGCGGCCCCGUUCCCAGAUCCUAUUUUGCCCUGCGUGCGCCCGAAAAUAAUGGUUUGCACAGGCUGAUUCUUCGUUUUCUGGCAGCAGCCGAAGAAUGUUGCAACAACUUACAAUACAGACAUAAUAAAAGCUCGGGCAACAACGCUAAGAAACAGCGGAAGAGACUGACUGGCAGAACACUCGAACUCAUCACCAACAUCCUAGAAUGCAUGAUAGCCGCUGGCUGCUUCGCUGGAGCCGUCAUUGCGUUGUACUAUAUCCGGUCAACACGGAUAAAACUCAUCGUUGUGCCCUUUAUGAGUCUCGUGUGCGCCGUUCCUGUAUCAUUCCUGACGAAGCAGUCGCAAGGGCUGUUCACGCUCAUGGCUGGGAUUUGGGCUGUUUUAGUGGUCAUCGUUUUCCUGCAAGCCGGAAACCCGUCGUCCGUCGUUUGA